AUGAUCGUGAGAUGGAGGCUGGCCUCGUUGUUCGUUUUUGCGCUGCCCAUCGUGUGUGGAAGCGUCGUCGGGACCCACGCAGCGGACGGUCCUGAAGAUCACGAGCUUGAGCUGCUAAAGGAAAUUUAUCGAAACAAUUUAUUGCAAGAUCUGCGCCACACGGAAAGCUCAGGGUCGACGGACGACGAUCUGGAGGCCAUAGUGGAACAGCGUGCGAGGCACUUUCUACAUGACAGACAGCAGCAGCACGGAAGGGCUCGCCGUCAGGCCAACGAUGCCGCCAUUGAGGCCGACACGGCGGAAGCACGCCAUCUGUAUCUGAAGGGCUUCCGUGAGCGGGGCCAAGUGCCGGUCAACUUUCCCGUCGACAUCUGCCUGCUGCGAAUGGGGAAAUCGAUUUUCGCGGCCGCCCUGCACCAGAGCGAAUCCAGUAACCGCACGAUGAACGCCACGGCGGUGUCAUUCUACCGGAGGGUGAAGGGCAAGUUCGAGAAGUACCUGGAGCACCAGACGGUCACGGCACGCCACUUUGACUGCAUUUCGAUAGGCCACCUGGGAUUCGUGGCCGUGGUCAACUAUCACGAUCACGAGCUGGAUGUGUUCGAGGAUGGAUCGCCCGUGUUCCAGGUGCACGAGGACGGCCGGACGGAGAUUGUGCAGACGUUCGGUCAACCGAAUCAGAACACGGUGCACAUGUGGGUACACGCGAAGUACGUCUAUCUGACGCACACGUAUAUCAAUCUGGACGAGAACCAGCAGACGGCCGCGCGGUGCCCGGUGUACCGGUGGACCGGUUACUAUUUCGACGUGAUCGACCACAUUCCGUGCUACAAUGCCGUGCACAUCGAGGCGUUCUCGAUCGACCAGCAAAUGUUCGUGGCGGUCGCGAAUCAGAUGUCCGCCGACCGGAAGGACACCUACUCCGUGAUCUUCCAGCUCAAUCCGGAAACGCUCAAGCUGAACCAGCACCAGCAGAUCUACAGCUACUCGGUGUCACACAUUGCGCACUUUUUUUUCGAGCAUCACGAUCACCGCGAUCACUUCCUCAUCACGGGCAACUCGCGGGUCGAUGCUGCCGGCACGGGCACGGAUUCAGGACCGGCAACACCGAGCGCUGAACUCGAGAGCAACUCGAUCGUGUACAAACUGGUUGAUGGGUACUUUGUGCCGUUUCAGAAUCUGGAGCUGACCGGCGUGAAGAUGUUCCUGCCCGUUGUGCACGCAAAUGGUGAGUUCCUGCUGCUCGUGCUGUGCACCGGCCAGCCCCUGCUCAUCUACGAGUACGACGGGUGGAAGCUGGUACCGUCGCGCAUCGACUACACGGGCGAGGCCUUCGCGGCCGGAGUGUCCAGGAUGCGCGUGUACCGCCACAUUGUGAACGCGAGCGUCAUUGCCAUCGCCAACAGCAAUCUGUUCGGAAUGUCGGUCAACCUGUUCACCCCGCAGUACGGCGUGGAGAACGAUUUGCAGCAGAUUUAUGCGCAUUUCAUCGAGUGGUGCGAACGGAUGCACGACCAGAUGUCGCAGGUUAAUCUGGAGGAGCUGUACAACCGUCUGAUGGCCCUCCCGGACGUUGCCUCCAAGGACUCCGCCGUGCGGACGAUCUCGAAGAACGUGGAGUUGCACAAUUCAACGGUAACAUCCCUGCGAGCGGCCACCAUCCAAACGGCGCAUCUGCUCAUUGACGACGCGCAGCUAGCGUACGUGGCCGAAGUGAACGAGUACGUGCAGCUGGUGAAGGAAAAGAUGGACCUGGCAGAGCAGACCAUCGGUGGCAGCGUACUGACGAACGAUACCGUUCACUGGAACGGUGAUCUGGCGGUGGGCGAACUGAUCGCACCGGCCGGCCAGAUGAAACGGCUCGACGUGAAGGUGCUAAACAAUGCGGCCCACAAGCAACGGCACACGGAGAACGUGGCCGACCAGGAACCACCAUCGAUUGACACCAUCGAAGUGGAUCGCUUGAUCGUCGAUCGUAUCGGUGAUGUGCGGUUCUGGAAUGGGCAUGCCGCCGAAAGUUUGCUGCUGACCGAUGACGAUCCCGCCCGCUGGAAGGAGCUUUCGGUGACGGCCAAAAAGGUAGUCGUCGGAGGCAACCUGUUCGUGAACAAGCUGAUCGAUGGGAUCUUUUUCCACCCGAGCAACGUGCUGCUACCGAGCGGCGAUCAAGUGUUUAGUGCGCGCAAUCUGCUGGUGCAGGAUCUGCGCGUGAAUCGGUUGACGAGCGGCAAACUGAAUUCGUCCGAUGCCGAAGCGGUGGCGCGCAUGAUGGACCAGUCACGGACCCUCCUGGCGAAAGCACGCGGUGCCGUGCCGGAUGCGUACGGUGGGAACGAUUUCGAUACGAUCGAUGUGGAUGAACUGACGCUGAAGGGACUGCUGAACAGCGUCGAUCCGCGCUACCUGACGGAGAAUGUGCUGCUGGCGGACGCGACCGGCGAGCACCAGCAAAUGGGUGGCAAAUUGGUGAUCGAGGAGCUCACGGUGGACAACGUGGAGCUGAGCGACGCGAAACUGUCCGGGGUCGAGUGGGAUAAAGUGGCCCGCACGACCGGCGAACAGCAGAUCCUGCAGGAUCUACAGUUCACUCAGCCGCUCGCGGUCGACAGUUUGUACGUGCGCGAUCGCCUCAAUCACAUUCCGAUGGUGGACGGUAAGCUGCAGGUGCUGCUGCUGGCCAGCAAUGGAACGCAAACUGUCACGGGCACCAAAACGUUCGACCACGUGACGCUGCUGAAUCCGAUCGAGCUGCAGGGAAAGAUAAACGGGGACGGGUUGAACAAAAUGAACCCCAUCGUGACGAUCGAGCAGGAUCUGGUGCUGGACGGUGAUUAUACGAUCCACGGAAACGUGUCGUUCAGUGGGCCACUGGUGGCGCACAACAUUUACGGCCAGGGCGGGCAAAACAGCGUGCAGCGGCUAGCGGAGCGGGCCGUGCGCUUGAACGGUGCACCCGGGCCACAGCAGACGAUCAAGUUCCUGCAACCGGUGUUCGUGGAGAAUCUGCACGUCGAUCGCAUCAACGAGCUGGCCAUGGAGGAUCUGGUGCUGCAGAAUGCCGACGAAAUGCAGUACCUUACGGGACGCAAGACAUUUGUCGGCGAUCUCGCGAUCGACGGUGUGGCCGAUGCGAACGAAAUCAACAAGGUAGAUCUGAACCAGCUGAAUCGGACGAUCUUUCGCCGGGACGGUGGCGGCGAACAGACGAUCGAGGGUAGCAUCCAUUUCGCCCGCAUCGUGGCACCGGUAGUGAAUGCCAAACACAUUACCCUCGGUGGUAAACCGAUCGAUCGGUUGCUGCGGCUGGACGUACCACAAAACAUUAGCGCCCCGGUUCGGUUUGAAAACUGUUCCGUUUACGUUAGCGGCGCGGUCACCACGCAGCACCUGCAACCGGACAAUACGUCCACCGUGUACGGGUACGAUCUAGACUAUCUGUUCCGGGACACACUCGGGCCCGGCGAUGAAGCUACCGUCGUCCCGACGGUGGUGGUGCAGGGAACCAAAAGCUUCCGCAACGUGUCCAUCGGCCAACUGGUGCUGCUGCCGGGCUCAACGUUCAACGGUGUGCCUUUGGAGAAUCUGGAGCAUAUCCUCGCUGCGGGUGAUAACCGGACGAUCGUCAAGCAAGGACCGUACGGUUUCACGAAUGAAAUCGUGGCCAAUCAGCUUCUGUUCGAGGGCACCCUGAACGGGAUUCCGAAGGAGGCUUUCUGUCGGGCGUGGCUUAUGUACUCGGGUAACCAGACUUUCACGGUGGGCCAGACGUUCGACAGGCUAGCGGUCGAGCAGCUGCACGUGUCGGGCACCGUGAACGGGGUCCGGUUGGAGCACGUGCUGGAAAACGCGUACCGAACGGAUCGGGAAGAGUACGUUGAGCAGGCCAUCUUUCAUGGGGGCAUCAUUUCGUACGAACCGUCCACCGUCGGUGGACUAGUUUCGGGGUUGAAUCUGUCCAGCGAUGUGCUGCUGAAACAAAGCUCCGAAAUACAAACGCUGGCCAGUGUGCAAGUGAUGGGCACGCUACAGGUGAAGGGUCAACUGCACAUUCUGAACCACCUGAAUGGGAUUCACUUUCCUAAAAUGAUGGAAUUUUUUGGCCCCAAACCGGACGACGGAGUCGCGGCGGAGAGCACCAACAUCGAGGUGCACGGGAACGUGCACUUUGAGCACGCACCGACCGUUAUUCACUUGAAUGGCCACAAUGUACAGAAACUGUUCGGUGAAGUGUGGCUGCCGCACCGGCCAACGGUGCUCACGGGAAGGUACCGCUUUGAAAAUGUCGAGUUUUUCAACGCCAUACACACCAAUGACCAACCGAUCAAUCAUCUGCACUGGGCCGAGGUGGAGGCACGUUGUUUGAGUGGUAAGCGGCCACAAAACAUUACUGCACCGUUGGUGUUUGAGAACGAUGUCGUGCUCGGCGCCGCAGCAACCAUCCGGGACGUGGAUCUGAAGGGCCUGUUGAAGAGCACCAGCAAGUCUCCGGGAAUAGAUGUCCAGGAGUACGAAAAGUACGUGUUCCGGUACCACGAAGAUCAGGAAAUAAGUGGUAAUUGGUUCUUCCACGACGCGGACAUACAAGGUCGAAUGGACUUUCAGUAUCUGAACGGGCUCAGCAUCGAAACGGAUCUGCUGCGUACCGAUGUUCCGGUGAACAAUGUGACCGCCACCAAACACUUUCGCGAGCUGCACGUGGACAGGAUUGUCUGUGCGGCGCCCUGCACGCUCCAGGACGUGGAUAUGGACGAGUGGUUCGCGAAUGCACUCAGGUUGAAGGGCAACCAAACCAUCGAAGGAACGCUGCGCAUCGAGGACGGAGUGUUUACGGGUGGCGUAGAGGUGCUGGGGCUGGUCAAUGGGGUACCGUUCGAUGCGGACCACCUGCUGCUGAAAUCGGCCCCGCAGAACGUGAACGGUACGCUCACGCUGAUAACGAAGUUCCCGAGCGAGAACAGGAUUUAUCCGCUGCUCUUCGAAUCGUUACACGCGUCGCAGAUCAACGGGAAGAAUGUGUCACGGUUUCUGGCGAAUGUGGCCCGUAAUGAUCAGAGUCCGGUUACGAUUAACACGCCGGUGACGCUGGUGCAACCGGUGGAAGCGGAGGAAACACUGUUUGAGGGAGACCUACUGUUCGGCGUGAACGUAACGGAGCUGAUCGAGGACACUUCGUACAAGGCGAGUGUUAGUGAGCUUACCUCGCAGGUUCGAUCGUUGAACAGCGUCAACGAGAAGCUGGUGGAAAAUAUCUACGACGAGAGUCCAGUAUUUAGUCACUUUGAUCGACUGAAAACACUGGCAGUGAAAGCGGUCCGCAUGCUGGUGCUGACCGUGCUGCUCCACGAGCCCGUGGAGCUACUGGUGGUGCAGUGUGUCGAACCCGCUGCUAUAAACUUUUACCACUGGUCCUCGAACCCGGCCCAACCGUUUACGGUGGCCAAAAAUUUCCAACCCAUCGUGGUUCGCGACAGGGCGAUCGUUAACAUGAAACGUGUCCGGCUAGGAUCGCGGCAGCAUCUGUUCGUGGAGUUUUACGAGCACGAUCGUAGCGCCUUCACGCAACAAAUACUCGACACCCGGGAUGUGUCCGCGGGCGUGGGUCAGUUUGUGCCACUGUACGUGAUGAACAGUACCCGGUCCCGGGAUAUCGUGUGGCUGCGCUUGGUCAAGCUCGAUUGCAUCGUGAUGUACUCGAAGGGCAAGAUCGGUUUCGAAGUGCGGUGCGUGAGGGAAGAAAAUCUGAUGCACAUACUGGACGUGCGGCAGAUCGACGAAACUCUGGCCCCGGUGCAGAUGGUAGCGCUGGAGAACCACGUGAUUAUUCUGGACAAUAGUGAUCGCGUGCAAGUGUGGCGUAGUACGGCGAAAUUCUAUCUUAAGCAUCACCAAACCAUUACGGCUUCCCAUCCGUCGUACCUUAGCGUGGCGCGGUACGAAAAUCAGCUUCUACUUGCCAUCAAUUCAGAGCACACCCCGAAUACGGCCCACCACGGAUCGAUAGAGAUAUGGCGGAAGACGUUGUCGGCGAACGGAACAUUCGCGCAGCAUCAGCUCAUCUUGACCAAGCUACCGAAGCAGCUGAAAUUUUCGGUGCUUCCAACGAAAGAACUGCUGCUGUACACGCUGACCGAGAACUGGUUGCACCCGCUGGUGGUGUACCGGUACGAAGGGGUUACCGGGUUCCGUGAGGUGCUGACGAGUAACACCAUCCGCCAACAGGCGGUUCGCUUAUCGGUGCUCAAGUUCCGGGCCGCCCGGAAAGAGAUUGUCGCCAUCGUUGGGCCGCAGUCGGCGGACUUUGUCGAUGUUGUGUUUGUGUAA